GACGUCCGCAUUCUAUUUAUUUCUUGCAGGCUUAACGAGAACCUCAUUGCGCCGCAGAUCUCCUUCCUCCUCACUCGGGCUUCUCCCUCUUCCGCUUCGUCCCUCGAGCGCAGGUGGCGGCGCAGGCGCCUUCUUUCUCCUCCGUUUCUUCCUUCGUGCGCAGUAUAAGGUCUUUUGUUUGAGCUAUUGUAAACCGGACGUUAUGUCAAGGAGAGUUCCAUCCCGACGCCCAGCGGAAAGUGGCAGCCUGCCUUUGAUUGGCUCGUUGAAUCAGAAAUCAAAAACUUCCCCGCUUCUUUCUAUUGGUCUAGUUGUCCUGGGUGCCAUUCUUCUUAUUGGCUAUUCUUACAGCGGCUCAGGUGUAUCUACAAAUGUCAGAGAAUCUUUUGGCGGUGAAGUUGCUUCAUGUACUUUAGAAGUACAACAUGCAAUUCCUGUCCUGAAGAAAGUAUAUGGUGACGGCAUGCGUAAAGUUCUACAUGUUGGCCCUGACACUUGUUCAGUGGUUACCAAGUUAUUGAAAGAAGAAGGCACAGAAGCCUGGGGUGUGGAACCAUAUGAUUUGGAAGAUGCUGAUAGCAACUGCAAAAGCCUUGUACGGAAGGGCUUUGUACGUGCAGCUGAUAUCAAAUUUUCUUUACCUUACAGGCCAAAAUCAUUUUCCCUGGUCAUAACCUCUGAUACCGUGGAUUACUUAAGUCCAAAGUACUUAAACAGGACAAUCCCAGAUCUGGCAAGGGUAUCCGCAGAUGGUCUGGUUAUAUUUGCUGGCUUUCCAGCUCACCACAGAGCUAAAAUUUCCGAGCUACCAAAAUUUGGAAGGCCGGCCAAAUCAAGGAGUCCUUCUUGGUGGCUAAGAUACUUCAUUUCGUCUGGUCUGGAAGAGAAUGAAGCUGCAGCCAAAAAGUUCGAGCAGGCUGCAACUAAAAUGUCAUACAAGCCUGGCUGCCAAAUUUUCCACCUAAGUUCAUAACUAGAUCAGUUACAGCAUUCUCGAUCGAUCAUCCCCCCUCUUAUUUUACUCUCGCUCAGGUUUGAGCUUUCUUGCAAAAUUGUAUUCUUCACUAUAUUUUGAUUGUAAGGUAACAUGAAUGAUGUUUGAUUAUUUGUUAGGUAUUUAUUACACAGGCAUCUCAUGAAUUAUGACUAUAUUCGGAUUGUAAGAUAUCAUCAUGAUGUUUAAUUAUUUAUCUGAUAUUUAUUGCACAGCCA